AUGCGGAGGGCCCGGCCCGGCCCAGCCCAGCCCAGCCCAGGGGAAUCCAGAACUGCUUCUGAAAACCUCAACUGCUCCAGAGAAGCUUUCUGGCCCCGCAGUGUGUGUCGAGCCACUGGAGCAGGAAGCUUGGGCAUCCUGUCUCCCAGCACCGUUUCUCCCUCUUCUGAGCCACCACUUUCCCAUUCAUUUCCUCUCCAGGUCCGGGUCUGGCGAUACCUUAAAGGCAAAGAGGUGGUUACCCAUGAGAUCCUGCUUGAUGGUGGAAACAAGGUGGUAAUUGGUGGCUUUGGAGAUCCGCUCAUUUGUGACAACCAGGUGUCCACUGGGGAUACCCGGAUCUUCUUUGUGAACCCUGCCCCACGCUACCUGUGGCCAGCGCACAAGAAUGAGCUGAUGUUGAACUCCAGCCUCAUGCGCAUCACGCUUCGGAACUUGGAGGAGGUGGAACACUGUGUGGAAGACAAACCUGGGAAUCACUUCACACAGCCGCCCCCUACGCCUCCAGAUGCAUGCCGGGGUAUGCUCUGCGGCUUUGGAGCCGUAUGUGAACAGAGUGCUGGCCGGGCCACAUGCGUGUGCAAAAAAGGCCCAUGCCCUACCGUGGUGGCCCCUGUGUGUGGCUCUGAUGCCUCCACCUAUAGCAAUGAGUGUGAGCUACAGAGGGCUCAAUGCAGCCAGCAGCGACGCAUCCGAGUGAUCAGCCGAGGGCCUUGUGGCUCCCGAGACCCCUGCUCAGGAGUGACCUGCAGCUUCGGCAGCACCUGUGCCCGCUCAGCAGACGGGCAGUCGGCCAAGUGCAUCUGCCCGUCCUCAUGCAGCGGUGUCCCCGAGGGCAUCGUCUGUGGCAGCGAUGGGCGUGACUACCCCAGCGAGUGCCAGCUUCACCGCCUUGCCUGUGCCCGGCAGGAGAAUAUUGUCAAGAAGUUUGAUGGGCCCUGUGAUCCAUGCAAGGCUGUUCUCAGUGACCUGAACCGUGUGUGCUGGGUGAACCCUCGCACCCGACAGCCGGACAUGCUGCUACGUCCUGAGAGCUGCCCACCCCGGCAGGAGCCAGUGUGUGGGGACGACGGGGUCACCUACGUCAAUGAUUGCAUCAUGGGCCGUACCAGCGCCACCCAGGGCCUUGAUAUCCAGAAGCUUCGCUCGGGGCAGUGCCAGCCACAAGAUCAGUGCCCGAGCCCCUGCAAGUUCAAUGCUGUGUGUCUUAUCCGCCGAGGCCGUGCCCGCUGCUCCUGUGACCGGGUCACCUGUGACGGCGCCUACCGGCCUGUGUGCACGCACGGAGGCCACACAUACGCCAGCGACUGCGAGCGCCAGCGGGCCGAGUGCAGCCAGCAGCGGGCUCUCCCCAUCAAGCACCACGGGCCCUGUGGUAAGUGCUGCCAGGAGACAGCGGGUGUUCCCAGUGGCUCCGAAGGCGUGGGGGUCCCUGCGCACCUUAGUGAGAGUCAGACUCGCCGCCUGCCUCCUCUGUCCACCAGGUUCGACACAGGCUCGGGCAUGGGCAUCAUCACCAGCAAGGUACCCGUGGAGCGCGGCCGGUGGCACUACCUGGUAGUGACGAGGAACCGCCGUCAAGGGAUGCUCUCCGUGGAUGGGGAGCCCCAUGUGACUGGCGAGAGCCCCAGCGGCACCGACGGCCUCAAUUUGGACACAGACCUGUUUGUGGGGGGCGUCCCAGAGGACCUGGCGUCCAUAGUGUUGGAGCGCACGUCUGCCCGGGCCGGCCUGCGGGGCUGCAUCCGCCUCCUGGAUGUGAACAACCAGAGGAUCGGCCUUCGGGAGAAGGGCCCGGACGUUCUCUACGGCUCGGGGGUGGGUGAGUGUGGGAACAACCCCUGCCUGCCCAACCCCUGCCACCACGGAGCCACCUGCCAGGCCCGAGAGGCGGAUAUGUUCCACUGUCAGUGUCCGAAGGGCCGAGAAGGCCCCACGUGUGCUGAUGAGAGGAAUCCCUGCCAGCCGAACCCUUGCCAAGGGGCAGCUACCUGCCGAGUGCUGCCGGAGGGGGGUGCCAAGUGUGAAUGCCCCAUGGGGCGUGGGGGCCAGUUCUGUCAGACAGUCACAGAGCAAGACCCAUCGAGGCCCUUCCUUCCCAACUUCAAUGGCUUCUCCUACCUGGAGCUGAAAGGCCUCCAUACCUUUGGGGAUGUUCGGGGGGAGAAGAUGGCCAUGGAAGUGGUGUUCCUGGCUCGGAGUCCUAGUGGCGUCCUCUUCUACAAUGGGCAGAAGACAGAUGGCAAAGGUGACUUCGUGUCCCUGGCCCUGCACGGCGGGCAUCUGGAAUAUCGUUAUGACCUGGGCAAGGGAGCUGCGGUCAUCAGGAGCAAGGAGCCCAUAGCCCUGAACAAAUGGACCCAAGUCUCUUUGGAGCGGAAUGGCAGGAAGGGGGCCAUGAGGGUCAAUGAUGGGGACCGAGUGCUGGGAGAAUCCCCGAAAUCCCGAAAGAUGCCACACACUGUCCUCAACUUGAAGGAGCCGCUAUAUGUUGGGGGUGCUCCUGACUUCAGCAAACUGGCCCGUGCGGCCGCUGUCUCUGGAGGCUUUGACGGGGCCAUCCAGAUGGUCUCACUGAAGGGCCGCCAGCUGCUGACAAGGGAGAAUGUCCGGGAUGCUGUUGAGAUCUCUUCCUUCUCUGACCACCCCUGUACCCAGGCCUCGGGCCAGCCCUGCCUCAAUGGGGGUUCCUGCUCUCCCCAGAAAGACACCUAUGAGUGUCUGUGCCGGGGGGGCUACUCGGGGGUCCACUGCGAGAAGGGGCUGAUUGAGAAGUCGGCGGCCGACCUGGACUCCAUCGCCUUCGACGGACGCACGUUCAUUGAGUAUCACAAUGCAGUGACCACCAGCGAACUGACCAAUGAGAUCCCAGCUCCUGAUGCUCUGGACUCCGGGGUCCUUCCCAGCGAGAAGGCCCUGCAGGAGAACCACUUUGAGCUGAGCCUGCGGACGGAGGCCAUGCAGGGCUUGGUGUUGUGGAGCGGCAAGGGCACAGAGCGGGCCGAUUACAUCGCGCUGGCCAUCGUCAACGGCCGCCUGCAGAUGACCUACGACCUGGGCUCCCAGCCCGUCGUCCUGCACUCUACGGUGCCUGUUAACACCAACCGCUGGCUCCGGGUCAAGGCCUCCAGGGUACAAAGAGAAGGCUCCCUCCAGGUCGGCAAUGAGGCCCCGGUGACAGGAUCCUCCCCUCUGGGGGCCACGCAGUUGGACACAGAUGGAGCCCUAUGGCUGGGGGGCCUGGAGAAGUUGACCGUGGCACACAGCCUACCCAAGGCCUAUAGCACGGGCUUCGUGGGCUGCUUGCGGGGAGUGGUGGUGGGCCAGAAGGAGCUACACCUGGUUGAGGACGCCUUACAUAAGCCUGCCCUGCGGCACUGCUCGGCCCCAUGAUGCCCCCAUCCAUCUCUAGCCCUGCCUCCUGCCAGUUGUUGUAAUUAUUUUCUAUUUUUGUAAACUCAUGGCUUUUUUUUAUAUAUAAUUUCCCCUCUGCCCACCUCUUGGGGGAUGGAGGAAAUGCAGACCUCCCUCCAUCCCCACCCCUGCUCUGGGAAGAGCUACCUUCCACUGGUCUCUGGUUUGGGGAGGGUCCUGGCUCUGAAGGCCCAGGCCCCUUCUCCAGACAGCUGGUGGGCCCCACCCCAGGGCCUGGCAUACAGGGACCAGGACCUGAAAGACUCUUUUCUGGAGAUUUGGCCAGGUCCCACUUGCCUCUCUCCCUCCUGGCUCUUCCUCCAAGGAGGACAAAGAUGGACCGGUCCUGGCAGGGAAAAGGCCAGACCAGAGAGACCCAUGAGCUAGCCUGGGUCCUCAGCCUCUGCCCCACCCCUCCUUCCCUUUUCAUCAGUCUUUUGUGUUUGUAAUUUAUGUGUGUAAGAGUCUGACUUUUUCUGUUUAUUUUUAAUGCACUGUCAUCCUUCUUGCCAACCCUACCUUAUUCUCCUCUACCGACAGUCUCUCGUGUACACACGUACACCCCAUGUGUAUCCUCCCCCUUCAGUCACACACACACA